UCAAACCAGAAGGCGCCGAUUCGCCCGCAUUCGAAGUUGGCGCUUUCGUAGCGCUCAUGGAAGUGGAUCACGGUAGGCAGGGUGGCCGCAGGCAGCGAAGCGCCAAAUUCCUGGCGAGCACGUCGGCGAACAAGACGCGAAGUGCUCUGGGGGAAUACCUCCUGGGAGAAUGGGCGUGGGGCCGCAUGUCGCAACAGCAAGUGCAGCGCAUCGGCCAGCUACUCCAGCGUGACCUCGAGUCAGCUGCGGCAGGGACCUUGGACAGUAAUCUCGUGGACCGCUUAGCUUCGCUAGGCAGCGAAGGCCGGCGCCCUGAAAACAUGCAUCAGCAGCUCGUCAAGAUCCCCCCUCGCAUCUUGCGCCCGUCGGCAACGCCCAUGUCCACGAGCCCUUUUCCGAGCUCCUCUCAAGGAUGCGAAUGUCGGCGUGCACUUCGAGACUUUGGAGAUGCUGUGCCCACACGUUUUGUUUGGAAAUAUGUACAAGGACUACCCGCAUGCUUUUCGAAAGUACAUAUGUCCCGAACCCGAGGCAUUGGAGCAUUUUUGGAAUGAUGUAAGGGACCCUUCCCACUACAAGACCCAUCCUGUGCGACUUCGGCCAGGGCAUGCGCGGAUAUGCGUUCCCAUCACCAUCCACGGGGAUGGGGCCCCCAUCACUGGAGUAGGAAAGGCAUGGGGUCGGCUACUCGACGCAUGGCCCUGGCAGUCUCUCGUUGCGCUUGGCUCCACCGACGCGACGCAGCAUGUCAUCGCCAUGCUGCGCGAGGCCGUGCAGUCCUCCAGCAACGCCGGCCGCGCGCUCACAUAUGUGUUCAGAAAGCUUCGGUGGUCGUUGCAGGCGCUGUGGGGCGGAGUCUGGCCCGAGACGGACGAAGAAGGGAAGGCUAUGCCAAGUGGGUCCCCGCAGGGCGAGCUCGCGGGCGGCCGCUACGCAUGCGUGCGGGGUCUUCUUGGCGACCUCGACUACUUCUUCCAAGUUCUGAACAUGCCGAACUAUAACUCAGCUGGCAACCCGUGCGGCUGGUGCCCGUGCAACGCUUCUACCAUGCCAUGGUUCGACUUCAGGGCUGGCGCAGAGUGGGUUUCAAGGGUUUAUGCGGUGGAGGAGUGGCGCACCAGUGGCGCGCCCCACGCGCGCCCCCUGCUCUCGGCGCCAGGAAUUUCUAUACAUUCGCUGAUGCCAGAUUGGAUGCACAUCAAGCAUUUGGGGCUCGAUAAAAGAUUAUAUGGUUCUGCGUUGCAUUGCCUUGUGCAUUGCACUAUGAGCGGGACUCCUGAUACCAAUUUAAUCACUCUUCGGACAGAAAUUUGGGAUGUGUACAAGGUGAGUAAGACCAAUUCGAAGUUUAGCAGAAUCAAAAUGACCACGUUUACAAUUCGUUUGAAAGGGAACUUGCGCGGCAAGGCCGCCGAAGUCAAGCAUCUUGGCCCAAUUUUAUUGGAGGCGUGGACCAAAUACAUGAACCCCCAAGUUUCACUUCACGCGAAAAUCAGAUUGCUCCUCCGGCUUAGCGUGGACCUCGAUCGCGAAAUCGACAGUUUGGAUCCCAAGCGUAUGUGCAUGCCCGAAGCAAUCCGCCAGGAUCUGCUUCGGCGGUGCCACGGAUUUCUGGUGUUGUGGUCUGAAGUUCAAGAUUUCUUUGCGAACGACGAGGAGCAGCCAGAUUUCGAGCUUUUCCACAUCACGAUCAAAGCGCACUUCCUGCUGCAUUGCUGUCUGCUGCCAUGGAACCCGCGGCGAGUGUGGUGCUACCGCGGAGAGGACCUCAUGCAACGCAGGAGAAAACUUGCUUUCGCAUGUAGCAAGCGCUGCAAACCUUGGCAGGUAGGAACUAAGGCGAUCCGUAAGUAUACGACCGCCUUGCAGUUGGCAUUCCAGUCUCUGCAUGCCUGCUGAAUAUAUUGGCUUCACCGCGCG